GUCGCCGCCCCCUCCCUGCGGCCAUGGGGGCUCCGGCGCUGCCCCCUCCUCACCCUCCUCAUCCUCGUCCUCUCCUCUUCCUCCUCCUCGGAUUCCUGGCGCUGCUCGGGACCCCCGCCCGCGCUCAGCUGGUGACCAUGGUGACCCCGGCCGUGCUGCGGCUGGAGACGGACGAGCGGCUGCUCCUGGAGGCCCCCGGGGUGACCGCGGCCACCCAGGCCCUGCUGCUGGUCCAGGACUUCCCCCAGAAGCGCCAGGUCCUGUUCCGGAGCCACGUGGAGCUGAGCCCGGAGCAGGGCAUGAUGGCCACGGCCACCAUCAAGGUGCCAGCCAAGGCGCUGCCGCAGGCGCCAGGGAAGCCGUUUGUGGCGGUGACAGCGCGGGUGGGCGCGGUGACACUGGAGAAGGUGCUGCUGGUGUCCCUGCAGAGCGGCCACAUCUUCGUGCAGACCGACAAACCCAUCUACACCCCGGGCAGCACCGUGCUCUGCCGCCUCUUCACCGUGAACCACCUCAUGCAGCCGGUGGCCAAGACGGUCACCGUGGAGAUCAAGACGCCCGACAACGUCAUCAUCAAACAAAUCCCGGUGUCGUCCCCGACCAAAAACGGGAUCCUGUCCCUCACCCACAACCUGCCCGAGGUCAUCAGCUUGGGCAUGUGGACGAUUUCGGCCAAAUUCGAGGAUUCUCCGGAUCAGGAUUUCAGCACCAAAUUCGAGGUCAAGGAAUACGUGCUGCCCAGCUUCGAGGUGUCCGUGAUUCCUGAGGAGAAGUUCCUCUACAUCGACAGCCAGGAGGACUUCAAGGUGUCCAUCCUGGCCAGGUACCUGUACGGGAAGCGCGUGGACGGGAUGGCCUUUGUCCUGUUUGGGGUCAUGGUGGACGAUGAGAGGAAGAGCAUCCCCCAGUCCCUGCGGCGCGUCCCGGUGCAGGAUGGUGACGCUGAUGUCCUGCUGUCCAUGGCUCAGCUGCGCGAGCGCUUCCCCAAGCCCCAGGAGCUGGUGGGACACUCCCUCUAUGUCACUGUCACCGUCAUCACCGAGUCGGGCAGUGACAUGGUGGAGGCCCAGCUUGGUGACAUCAAGAUCGUGACGUCCCCCUACAGCAUCCACUUCACCCGCACCCCCAAGUACUUCAAGCCGGGGAUGCCCUUUGACCUCAUGGUUUAUGUCACCAACCCUGAUGGGUCCCCAGCGCCACGUGUCACCGUCGAGGCCGAUGGCUUCCAGGGCCAGGUGUCCACGCGGGGCGAUGGCACGGCCAGGCUGGUCCUCAACAUGCCGGCCACCAGGGACAGCGUCCCCAUCACCGUGCGGACGGCGCAGGAGGGGCUGCCCCCGGAGCGCCAGGCCUCGCGGCAGAUGACGGCCCAGGCCUAUCGCAGCCAGGCCGGCUCGGGCAACUUCCUGCACCUGGCGGUGGCCACCACCGAGGUCCAGACCGGGGAGAACCUGGCCGUCAACUUCCACCUCAAGACCAGCAACAACAACGUCCGCAACUCCGUCCCGUUCUUCACCUACCUGAUCAUGACCAAGGGCCGCAUCCUCCGAGCCGGCCGGCAGCGGCACGAGCCCGGCCAGAGCUUGGUGACCAUGACCCUGCCGGUGACGCCCGAGCUCAUCCCGUCCUUCCGCAUCGUGGCCUUCUACUACGUCCUGCCCGGCGAGAUCGUGGCCGACUCCGUCUGGGUGGACGUCAAGGACACCUGCAUGGGCUCCCUGGUGGUGAAGGGAGCGACAGAAGGUGACAACCGUGUCCAAGAGCCGGGGUCGGGGAUGAGGCUGCACAUCGAGGGCGACCACAAGGCCUACGUGGGGCUGGUGGCCGUGGACAAGGGGGUCUACGUCCUCAACAAGAACAAGUUCACCCAGGCCAAGGUUUGGGACACGGUGGAGAAAAGUGACAUCGGCUGCACGGCGGGCAGUGGCCGGGACAACGUCGGCGUCUUCGCGGACGCCGGCCUGAGCCUGGCCACCAGCGUCAAGGUCACCACGCCCCAGCGGUCAGAGCUCCUGUGUCCCCAGCCUGCCAAACGCAAGCGGCGCUCGCUGGCACUCGCCGAGUACAAGGGCACCAAGGCGGCCGAGUACUCGGACAAGCUGGAGAGGAGGUGCUGCGAGGACGGGAUGAAGGACAACCCGAUGGGACACGGCUGCGAGCAGAGGAGCGAGUACAUCCUGGAGGGCGACGCCUGCGUCCGCGCCUUCCUCGACUGCUGCAGAUACAUCAAGGCCAAGCGGGACCAGCAGAACCUCUCGCCCAGCGCCGGCCUGGCCAGAAGGGUCUCAGCCCUGAGGCCACGUUCGAGAGGUCCGAUGCCACCACCCCCAGGCCAUGAGGACGAGGAUCCCUUCUUGGAGGACUCGGACAUCGUCUCGCGGACCCUCUUCCCCGAGAGCUGGCUGUGGCAGGUGGAGCAGCUGACGGAGCCACCCAACAAGCUGGGGAUCUCGGUCAAGACGCUGCCCGUGUACCUGCAGGACUCCAUCACCACCUGGGAGAUCCUGGCCGUCAGCCUCUCCCCCACCAAAGGGCUGUGCGUGGCCACCCCCUACGAGGUCACGGUGAUGAAGCAGUUCUUCAUCGACCUCCGCCUGCCCUACUCGGUGGUGAGGAACGAGCAGGUGGAGAUCCGCGCCAUCCUCUACAACUACUGGCUCCACGACAUCACGGUGCGCGUGGAGCUGAUCUACAACCCCGACCUGUGCAGCCCCUCCACGGCCAAGCGGCGCUUCCAGCAGGUGCUGCGGGUGAAGGCCGAGUCCUCGCGCGCCGUGCCCUUCGUCAUCGUCCCCCUCAAGCUCGGCCAGCUGGACGUCGAGGUCAAGGCGUCCGUCCGUGACCGAUACAUGGGUGACGGGGUCAAGAAGAAGCUCCGGGUGGUGCCCGAGGGGAUGCGGCUGGAGAAGACGGUGAAGAUCGUGGAGCUGGACCCGCAGAAGAAGGGAGUCAACGGGGUGCAGGAGGAGCGGGUGAAGGCCGUCGACCUCUCGGACAUCGUCCCCAACACCGAGUCGGAGACCAAAGUCAGCAUCCAGGGCAACCCCGUGUCCAUCAUCGUGGAGAAGGCCAUCGAUGGGGCCAAGCUGAAGCACCUGAUCGUGACCCCGUCGGGCUGUGGGGAGCAGAACAUGAUCGGCAUGACGCCCACGGUCAUCGCCGUCCACUACCUGGACAAGACCAUGCAGUGGGAGACCUUCGGCGUCGACCGCCGGGCCGGCGCCAUCGAGCUGAUCAAGAAAGGUUACACCCAACAGUUGGCCUACCGCAAGCCCGACAGCUCCUACGCCGCCUUCCUCAAGCGCCCCUCCAGCACCUGGCUGACCGCCUACGUGGUGAAGGUGUUCGCCAUGGCCAGGAAGCUGACGGACAUCGAGCACAGCGAGAUCUGCGGCCCCAUGAAGUGGCUCAUCCUCAACAAGCAGAAGCCGGACGGGGUCUUCCAGGAGGACGCGCCCGUCCUCCAAAAGGAGAUGAUGGGAGGCUACGCCGGCGCCGAGCCCGAGGUGUCCCUCACCGCCUUCGUGCUCAUCGCCCUGCAGGAGGCACGGGACAUCUGCAAGGACCACAUCAACAGCUUGGACGACAGCAUCAACAAGGCCGCCGGGUUCCUGGCGCGGCGCUACGAGCAGCUGGCCCGGCCCUACACGGUGGCCCUGGCGUCCUACGCGCUGGCCCUGGCCGGGAAGCUCAAGAGCGAGAGGGUCCUCAUGAGGUUCUCCAAAGGCGGGGCCAGCUGGGAGGAGAGCAACGCCCGCACCUACAACAUCGAGGGCACGUCCUACGCGCUGCUGGCCCUGGUGCAGAUGGAGAAGGCCCAGCUGGCCGGGCCCGUGGUCCGGUGGCUGGCCCAGCAGAACUACUACGGAGGGGGCUACGGCUCCACCCAGGCCACCAUCCUGGUGUUCCAAGCGCUGGCCCAGUACCAGGUGGCCGCGCAGGCCCAGGAGCAGCUGGAGCUGGACGUGUCGGUGCUGCUGCCGCGCCGCGCCAGCCCCAUCAAGUACCGCAUCGAGAACCGCAACGCGCUGGUGGCGCGCUCCGCCGAGACCAAGCACAACGAGGACUUCACGGUCAAGGCCGAGGGCGUGGGCAAGGGGACAAUGACAGUGGUGACCGUGUACCACGCCAAGGUCCCCGAGAGGGAGGACAAGUGUGACAAGUUCCACCUGAGCGUGGACGUGGAGGAGGUCAACAAGGGCAGGGAAGAGGAGGAUAUCAUCAGGACGGUCAAGAUCAACAUCUGCACCAGGUACCUGGACGCCGUGGAUGCCACCAUGUCCAUCCUGGACGUGUCCAUGCUCACGGGAUUCACACCGGACGUGCAGGACCUCAGGAGGCUGUCCGAGGGCGUGGACAGGUACAUCUCCAAGUUCGAGCUGGACCAGGACAAAGAGCGGAGCAACGUCGUCAUUUACCUGGACAAGGUGUCACACAGGGCCCAGGAGUGUUUCGCCUUCAAGGCCCACCAGAGGUUCCAGGUGGGGCUGAUCCAGCCCGCGGCCGUCAGCGUCUACAGCUACUACAGCAUCGACGAUCGCUGCACCCGGUUCUACCACCCGGACAAGGAGGGAGGGAAACUGAACAAGAUCUGCCAGGGGGACGUUUGUCGCUGCGCCGAAGAGAGCUGCUUCAAGCGCCAGGAGGAGCCCAGGGACAUCACGGUCAACCAACGCAUCGAGAAGGCCUGCGAGCCCGGGGUGGACUUCGUGUACAAGGUGAGGCUGCUGGCACAGGAGGAGACCCCGGCCUACGACAAUUACAUCAUGGAGGUGCUGUCGGUCAUCAAGAUGGGCACGGACGAGAACCCGGCCGGCAGCAACAGGACCUUCAUGAGCCACCAGCAGUGCAGGGACAGCCUGAGGCUGCAGAGGGGACAGGACUACCUGGUCUGGGGACAGGCCAGCGACCUCUGGGCCAGCGGCAGACAGUACAGGUACCUGAUUGGGAAGGACACCUGGCUGGAGCAGUGGCCCUCGGAGGCCGCGUGCCAGGACGCGCCGCUCCAGCGCCGCUGCCAGGACUUCGUCGAGUUCUCCGAGAACAUGGCGUUCUUCGGCUGUCCCACCUGAGUCCCCGAGGUGCCACCACCCUGGGGUGCCACCACCCUGGGU